CAAGAAGAAGCGAUUCGCCACCGCGCUGGUCGGCGGGGAGACGGUCGUCGACGUGUUCGACGGCGAGGAGAUGGAGUGGCACCUGCCUCAUGCGAAAGGUAGACGGAUGAUCGGCAGGGCCGGAGGGAUCGCCGGACGGGGACUGAUCGGAGAAGGUGGUGGUGAUGCCGGUGAUGAUGAUAGCUACGGGAGUUCCGAUCUUUGCUACCGGUUGACGUUUCAGUCGCGGAACCGAGACAAGGUUUUGAAUCGCUACCUCCGCCAUGUCUACCAGGUGUUCGAGGAAAUGUGUCCCGAGUUGCAGCUGUUCACGUGGUGUUGGUCCGAAUGUCUUCGCGCUGGGGGUUGGAGACCGAUGGAGUCGAGGCAUCCGAAGACGUUCGACACGAUCGCCAUGGACGGGGAGCUGAAGAGGAGCAUUGUGGAUGAUCUGGAGAGGUUUGUGGCGAGGAGGGAUUUCUACAAGAAGAAUGGGGAUCCUUGGAAGAGGGGUUACUUGCUGUACGGGCCACCUGGAACUGGGAAAUCGAGUGUUGUUGCUGCCAUGUCCAAUCACUUGAAGUUCAACCUCUAUGUUAUGGAGCUGGGCAACAUCCGGUCUGAUUAUGAGCUGCGGCAUGCCCUGCUCUCGAUCCAGAACAAAUCGAUUGUCGUUUUCGAGGACAUUGAUUGCUGCCCUGAACUGCAUGCUCGAUCCGACUCGGAUGGAAACGAUGAAUCAACUGAUCAGAAUAUCCCCAAUGAUGGUAGUCAUCACAAGCAUAAGAACCCUGCAGCCAAGUUCACGCUCUCGACUAUGCUGAAUUGCAUCGAUGGGGUAUGGUCGAGCCACGGAGAAGAGAGGAUCAUAGUCUUCACCACGAACCACAAAGACGUUCUGGAUCCAGCACUGAUUCGGCCUGGAAGGAUGGAUAUGCAUAUUCACUUGUCGUAUUGUACCCCCGAGGCAUUCAGAAGCUUAGCCGCCAUCUAUCUGGAGGUGGAGCGAAAUCAUCCGUUGCUUGAAGAGAUAGGCGAGCUGCUGCAGACUGUGGAUGUGACACCAGCAGCUUUGGCUGAGGAAUUGAGGAAAGGGAGUGAUGGGGAUGUAAUUCUUCAGCAAGUUGUUGAUUUCCUGAAUCAGAAGAAGUUGGGAAAAGGGGAAAAGAAGAACUUGAUGGGAGGCAGCAUAGAUUCAAAGCCAGUAGUUUCAGUGGAUUUCGCUACCUAGUUUAGUUCUGUGUUGUUGGUUAAUUCUUAUCUUUUAACUAAUGUAUGGCCUUAUCAGUAUGCACAUUUUCAAGACAGAUUGAAUAGCAGGUGGAAGAG